AUGAAUUCUUCUAUUCUUGCUGGAAUUCUUCUCCUUUCUUUAUUAAGUUUUGCCGUCGAAAGUCGAAAACUCGACCACGAAGAUGAUAAAUCCAGCAUCAAUGGCACCCGAUGGGCGGUUCUAAUUGCCGGUUCGAGUGGUUAUGGAAACUAUAGGCAUCAGGCUGAUGUGUGUCACGCAUAUCAAAUUCUGAAGAGUGGAGGAUUAAAGGAAGAAAAUAUAAUAGUUUUUAUGUAUGAUGAUAUUGCUUUUGCUAAUGAGAAUCCAAGGCCUGGAAUUAUCAUUAAUAAACCAUAUGGCACUGAUGUUUACUAUGGAGUCCCAAAGGAUUACACUGGUGAAAAUGUUACUGCCAACAAUUUUCUGGCUGUUAUUCUUGGCAACAAAACUGCUCUCACUGGGGGAAGUGGCAAAGUUGUAAAUAGUGGCCCAAAUGACCAUAUUUUUAUAUAUUACACUGACCAUGGUUCCCCUGGCAUUAUUGGAAUGCCUUCUGGUUAUCUUUACGCAAAAGACUUGAUCGAUGUAUUGCAGAAGAAACACGAGGCUAAAGCAUAUAAAAAAAUGGUAAUUUACGUUGAAGCAUGUGAAUCUGGGAUUGUGUUCGAAGGACUUCUUCCAAAAACUUGGAAUAUUUAUGCAAUGACAGCAGCAAAUUCAUCAGAGAGCAGCUGGGCUAUUUAUUGUCCUGAACAUUAUCCCUACCCUCCUCCUGAAUAUGAUACUUGUUUGGGUGAUUUGUUCAGUAUUUCUUGGUUGGAAGACAGUGACAAACAUGAUUUGCAGAAGGAAACCCUGGAGAAACAAUAUCGAGUGGUGAAAAGGAGAACAGGAUUUGAUUAUUUAGACUUCAGUUCUCAUGUAAUGAGAUAUGGGUAUAUUAAGGGGAUUCAGAAAGAUUCAGUCUCAACUUAUAUUGGAACAAAUCCAAUUAAUGACAACUUCACUUUCACUACUCAAACCUCUUCUUCUUCUCCUUUACCUUCGAAAAUCAAAGGUCUUGACCAACGAGAUGCUGAUCUCUAUUAUCUUUUGCACAAGUUCAAUAAGGCACCUGAGGGCUCUAAAGAGAAGGUCGAAGCUCAAAAGCAACUAAACGAGGAAAUUUCUCAAAGGCAGCGAGAGGAUCUCAAUAUUCAACGUAUUACAACAAUGUUGUUUGGCCUUAAAAAUGGACCUAAUAUGGUGCAAUUUGUCCGACCUGCUGGCCAACCUCUUGUCGACGAUUGGGAUUGCUUAAAAAUGCUCGUGGGACUUUAUGAGGAGCAUUGUGGAACUUUAUCAACUUAUGGAAAGAAGUAUGCAAGAGCAAUGGCUAACAUGUGCAAUGCUGGGGUCAAUAACGAGAAGAUGAUUAUGGCAUUAACCCAAGUUUGUAAAACAAAUUGA